AUGAAGUCCAAAAAACCAACAGUAACCCAGCUAGGUAGAAUCAGAAGAAAACCAGAAGAUGAGGUGCUAUGUACAAAGAGUUUUCAGUAUAUCACAAAGAAUGACUUGAUGAUCUUCGAGCUCAGUCAUCAGACUUGGAGGAUACUGGUGCAAGGAAAACCAACUGAAGGGAGGCUGAAUCUGAUAUGUCCAACAUUCAGUAAAUAUUAUUUCCUUGCUGGUGGAUCUGACUCCCGUAGUAAAGCUUCUAAAUCCAGACCUAGGAGGUGCAUUCUCAAGUUUAAAAGUCAUUCACUGGAUGUUCCCUCUCAUAGAGUACGCUUCCGUUUGGAGGACACAAAAAGUCAUUCGGUUGAUGUCCCUGACCCAACUACUUCUCUAAGGGAGAGAGUUUUGCGCAAACAUUUUGAAGAGGAUAGGGCAGCAAAGCUUCGAUUAGCUUACAGCAAUGCUGGCAAACAAUCGGGUCACAUCAGCCAAUUGCGUUCAAAGUCACCACGAUCAGGAGAAUCCCAGGAGUUAAGACGACGUAGUGAUCCAACAGUCCGUCGAACUGACAAACAUUCCCAGCAUAACAGAACAAGCAGUGCUGAUGAAUAUAAAAAGGGAACAACAACUGGGAAAGCAACUAGAGGAGCACGUAUUGCUGCAGAAACUGAUCCCAUGCAUUCUCCAUUUCCACGUAUCAGUUCAACACCUUUAAUGUUGGUUCACCAGGAAUCCACAUCAGGCAGUUCAGAUAUGACAGAUGAGGGAUAUACAACACCCCAGAGUCCAGUUCAUCCCAGGAAGAGGUGGUCUAAUAAUAGAUCAAACUCAUUAGAAAUUGAGGAUUGGUACGAUCGCUCCCUACAAGGCAGCAACUCAUCUUCCCCGAGGCUCUCCCCUGUUCCUUCUGGUUCCCGCGGCUCCCCCAGGCAAUUCCCGACAAAUCUCUAUGUUGUCAUGUUCACCUUUAAACCAAGGGAGAAAGAUGAUCUGGAAAUCAAGGCAGGUUGGAGGGUUAGUACAUUAGAGACCUCAGACCCAGAUUGGUGGAAGGGUAAAUGCAAUGGCAGAGUAGGUUUCUUCCCAGCAUCCUAUGUGGAGCGCAUAAAUUAUGGAGAGAAGGUAUGCCAAGUUACCCACAGUCUGCAGCUGAAUGAGGGAGAUAAUGGGGUGAAACUACACAGGGAUCAGAUUGUCAUCCAGAUGUCUGAGGAAGAUCAGCAUGGAAUGGUGCUUAUAAGAACUAGAGAUAAAAGAACUAUGUGUCCAAUGAAAUACCUGACUGAAGUCUGACCUUGGAUACAUUAGGUCAAAUAUCUGAUGGAGGUCUGGCCAUGGAUAAAUCAGGUCAAAUAUAUGACUGAGGCCUGACCUUGGAUAAAUAAGGUCACAUUUAUGACUGAGGCCUGACCUUGGGUAAAUAAGGUCAAAUUAAUGACUGAGGCCUGACCUUGGAUAAAUAAGGUCAAAUUUAUGACUGAGGCCUGACCUUUGGUUAAUAAGGU